GUUUAGCAGUACAAGCUGAGGUGCAGGAUAUUUUAGCCUCACAGUGUCUUGAGCAAUAAUUUUUCCCCAUAUAUUUGUAGAUUUAUCGAGCUGUUUGUGUGUACAUGGUUGUGAGUGUUUAAGAUUUAAUAUCCAUCCAAUUUGCAGCAAGGUACAAAUUGUACAGGACUCAGCUAUCGGAUACACACAAAUGAAUUCAGCAUUUUAUUGCAGUAGUGUAAUGUUUAGAGAGAGAGAGAGAGUGUGUAUAUAACAUUGAUCUAGCAACAAAAGGAUUUGUGAGUUCAGGGUUUUUCUAUUUUGUACAUACAGAGUUUUGUAAAUACUACAUAUGAUGAGCUCACUGGGCAGCGACAAGGCCCGGGGCCCUCGGGAAAAAGCACUGCCUGCUGCUACUCACACAUCACAACCACAGAAACAGAUACAGGCUACCGCUGAGCAGAUCCGACUUGCCCAGAUGAUCUAUGACAAGAAUGAUGCUGACUUUGAGGACAAAGUUAACCAGCUGAUGGAGGUGACUGGGAAGAACCAGGAUGAGUGCAUGGUAGCGCUCCACGACUGCAAUGAGGAUGUCAGCAGAGCCAUCAACUUCCUCUUGGAGAGCACUUCAGACAUGACCUCAUGGGAGACAGUAGGGAAAAAGAAACCGCUGGUGAAGGAGGGUCCAGCUGAAAGCAAGGAGAACAAGGAGAAUAGGGAGAAGAAAGGAGAGAGGGAAUCUAGCAAAGGCCGUGCAGCCGCCAACCGCAAGGGCAAGGGGGCCAGUCGCAGCCGACAGGCACGUCCAGAAGAAAACGGCGUGGAGGUGACACCGGUGGACAGAGGUUCAGAUCGAGGGCGCAGGGUCAAAGGAGGCAAAGGAUCUGGAGGUCGGGGCAGAGGCAGAGCACCAGCAGGGAGCCGGUUCUCGGCCCAGGGCAUGGGGACUUUCAAUCCUGCGGACUAUACUUCAGAGGCUGGGACUGGAACUACACAGACUGAGGUGUGGGACACAGUACCCAACAACAGUACAGAUGGGACAGUUGCCUGGAGGAACACCUUGGAAGACUGGGCAGCUGAGGACUGGAGUGAGGAUGUUAGUCUCUCAGAGACCAAAGUGUUCACCUCUUCAUGUGCGCCUGCUGCUGAGAACCACAUCACAUCUGGGCAAAGUCUGGACCUUGCAUCUCUGCUGCAGAAGCCUGUGGCUGGAGGGAGAGAACCACCUUCCUCUCCGAGUCUGGUCUUCACCAACUCCCAUCACCACCAGCCUCCGCAGCAGCAGCCGGCCCCCAGUAGCACAAGCUAUGCACAUGCUGCUCUGUCGUCAUUUCUGGGAGCUGGUUUUGGGGAAUUGGGUCAGGUCAAAAGGACUCAGCCCAGUGCUGGAGCUCAGAUACUGGAACAGCUGAAGGGUCCUGGCUUGGGUCCACUCCCUUCAUCCCAGGCCGCUUCUCCUGCUAGCAAUCAAGGAAGCAACACCUCCAUUGGUCGACUGCCAGGCCUGGGAGCACCUGUACCUCCGCCCUCCUCCUCAAGUUGGGACAUGAAAGCUUCAGAAUCCAGCACCACCUCGCUGUCGUCACAGUUCAGCCGGGAGUUUGGCCUGCAGCCAGAGCCUUCUCUUGUACUGAGCCAGCUAGUUCAGAGGCACAACAGCCCCUCCUUGCCUCUGGCACAUCAGCCCAGUCCUCCAUCGCAACAACAAGCACCCCCUGCUUCAGCCUCGCCUGCUCCUCAGAACACCACUACGCCAGCACAGGCAGGCCUGGUGAUGACUGUUGCUGGUGCUAAACCUCCCGCCUCCAGUGCAGGGCUGGACCCUCAGGGCAGCAGUACACCACAGCAGCAGCGGGCACAGCUCAAAGGCCAGAAACGAAGGAUACCUCCCACAUCAAAGAUCCCCUCUACAGCGGUAGAGAUGCCAGGCUCAGCUGACAUCCCCGGUCUAAACCUCCAGUUUGGAGCUCUAGACUUUGGCUCGGAGUCAGAGUUUGGAGUUGUGGACAACUGUGUGAGUGCGGCAUCCAGAGAAUCCACAGCAGCCCCUGCCCCAGCACCACCUGUGUCAGGGCCGGGAUCACAGAGCCAGCCUAGUCUAUACUCAAAGCCCCUCAGUGAGUCGCUGGGCAGCCCUCUCUCUGUUGCCCUGCCCCUCUCCUCAUCAGAGCCAGUAUAUCACUCCUCCUCAGUGGCAUUGCCCAGCCUCACCUCUUCCGCCUUAGGGACUGCUGGCUCCACCAAUCCUCCCUCCUCUUCUUCAUCAGUCUCCACCACCUCCUCCUCUGUAUCCUCCUCGUCCCCUUUUUCCACAGUGGGGGAAAAUUAUGAAGGGACCAUGGCCCCUCACACACGACUGGCCUUCUCUCAAAACAAAGAGGCAACGGGUCCUGUCAUGAAUGGUCUGAAUGGUGUAAGGACCUCUGCUGUUCUAGACACGUCCUCUACACCGAAGCCAGAGUCACCAUCUCUGAACAUUAGCGCUAAUGGUGCCCCAGCACCCUCCUCCCACUUACCCUCCACCUUGCCUGUACACAACUCAAACACGCUGUCCAGCCUGGCACAGGACCUGUCUUCAGCCGGCCAGCUCAACUCACUCAACAGCCAUGUCAGCAGUCAUUCCUCAGUUUCAGCUCUGGGCUCCAGCUCUCUCACUCACACCAGUGUUGACAGCAGCAGUGUGAGCUCUUUGCCUCCCUCCUCUGGCUCUUAUGCAUCAUCACAGCCCUCAUCCUCAGCACUCCACUCAACCCACAACAGCAGCAACAGUAGCAGCAGUAUCAGCCACCUGGCUAACAUGCCCAACAUGAGCAGCACAGUCGGCGGUAUCACUGGAACAAGCGGACUUCACUCUGCUGCCACCGCCGCCACCAGCGCAGCGCUGGGACUUGGCUCCAAUGGAGCUACUGCCACGUCCAACCUCUCUGCACCAAGGACCACACCCCUGCUCUCUUCCUCCACUGGAAAAACUCCCCCUAACUUGUCCCAGGGAGUGCCUCCUCUACUGCCCAACCAGUAUAUCAUGGGCCCAGGGGGGCUGCUGCCAGCAUACCCACAGAUCUAUGGCUAUGAGGACCUUCAUAUGCUCCAGUCCAGACUGCCAAUGCCCUCCUUGCAGGAUUACUAUGGAAUCACAUUCCCUGGCCACACAGCGACUCUCUCUGGCAGAGACGGGAACUUAGCCAACAACCCCUACUCAGGUGAAGUCGCAAAGUUUGGCAGGAACGACUCCACCUCCCCAGCACCCUCCACAAGCCUGGUGGCCCCACAGCCUCCCCAGGGCCAGAACCAAGGACAGAGCCAGGCCCAACCUCAGCCUACUCCGGCCCAGCCUCAACCCCAGGCCCAGCCGCAGCACCACAACAGUCAACAGGCCUUCCUCCCUCCGGGCUACAGUUACACAGGCCUGCCUUACUACCCUGGAGUCCCCGGCGCUGUACCCAGCGCUGCUGCCUUCCAGUAUGGCCCCACCAUGUUUGUUCCUCCCGGGGGUCCAGGACCAGCAUCGGCCAAGCAGCACAGCAUGAGCCUCAGUCUGGGAAACCCCUCGGCUAGCCCCUUCCAGCAGCAGACACAGCAGCAGCCCAGCAGUUACGGCCAGCACACCUUCAGCUCAGGGUAUGAGGAGCUGACAGCGGGGCCAGCAGGAGUGGACUACAGUAAAGGCUAUAACUCCUCCUCACAGGCACAAGCCAAAUCUGCUGCUGCUGGGCCGGGGAAAGGCGUAUCAGUGACGUCCAGUAACUCUGGUGUACCAGACAUCAGUGGAAGUGUUUACAAUAAGACCCAGUCUUUUGAUAAACAGGGUUUUCAUGCGGGGACCCCUCCUCCCUUCAGCCUGCCAUCAGCACUGGGGGGUCCAGGGCCUUUGAACCCUGGCGCAGCUCCUGGAGGCUAUGCACCAGCCCCAUUUCUCCACAUCCUGCCUCACCAGCAACCACAUUCACAGCUGCUGCAUCAUCAUCUAGCUCAGGAUGGACAGGGUGGUCCCAGUCAGCGCGGCCAGUCCAGCAGCCUCCAGCAGAAGAGCCAAGUCAACAAAUCAAGCUAUGGCGGCUCCACCUAUUGGGCCAACUGAGGUGGCUACAUCUGAGUGUGUGUGUGCGCGUGUGUGUCUGCAUUGGCAGACACCAACACACACAUCUGCAUUUCUGACUAACAAAACCAGAGGGACAAACCAUUUUAAUAGACAACUAAACACACACUACUGCCCCUGUCCCAUUUGCUCUGUAUAUCCCCUUUUCAAAUUUAUGGCUGUUGUAUGUAAAAUAUAUUUAUGUAUGUAUUUAUACAGUAUAUAUGUAUUGGUAGGACAUAAAAUGUGGUUUUCUGAAUUUUUUUACUUUGAAGGACAUUUUAUUUCAAAAAAUGUGGAAAGAGGAGAAUGCUAAAUCUUGGAGAUGAAGUUGGUGAAUAUACUUGAACACAAGCAUCUUGUGAUGUGGAUUUUUUUGUAUGCAUACAUGAACUGAGAAUGAUGUACAUAGAUUCUACACAUCAUUUUCACGGCAAAGGCCUUUUUUUUUAAUUUUUGAAGAAAUGUUUUUGUAACUUUGGUCUCCCACAUCUGUGAAUCCGUACAUACUGAGGGUGACUUGAGUUGAUAGUUUGAUUUUUCUCUCUGCCCCGUUUCCCUCUGUCUGUCUCUCAUUCCUCAGCUCUUGCUAGUCGGUUGGUUUGACCAGCCAGGCCUUGGAUUUGAUGUCAUUUUAACAUUGGUUUAAUCCUUGUUGUCCAAAUUAAAAGCUAUGAACAGUU